AUGGCAGCUACGGUCUUGGGCAAGCGCACUCGUGAUGCAGAGGACUCGGAAGGCUUGCCAGUGCGCACUGCGAGCAAGCGCCGGACAAUCGCACCCCGUGCCCCUCGUCAAGAUGCGCCUGCUAUUCCGCUUCGUCGGACGCGGUCGACGGUCAAGCGACUGGGACACCCUCCCGACCAGGAGAACGAGGACGUCAAGAAGAACUUGGACAAGGCGCCGUCCAAGCAUACAAUCCGUGAAGAACAGGGUGGGUCUCCGACCAGAAUCAAUUCCCAUUUCCGCACCUCGAAGCUAGUAGAGGAAGAGACUCCAGCUCCGGUAGUCGAAUUCAAGACCCCGCAGAAAAACCGAUUUCGAGAUGCAUUGCCGAGUUCGCCGGUUACCCCUCGCCAUCGAGUCCAAGUGGGAGCCAAGGCCGGUACUCCGCGUACUCCUCGACAUGCGGAUCUUCCCCUGACUCCACGCCAGAGUGCGACUCCAACUGUCGCACAAUCGGUGUACUCACAAGCCCGCCAAUUGUUUGCUCGCGGCGCCAAUUCGGGGCGACUGGUGGGACGAGACGCGGAACGGGAAAAGGUUUCCACUUUCAUCGAAGACUGCCUCGAGUCCAAGAAAGGCAGUUGUCUUUACAUCAGUGGCCCUCCAGGUACUGGCAAGAGUGCAAUGGUCAACGAAGUCUGCCAGGACAUGGACCUCUCGAAUGUCAAGGUCUCCCACGUCAACUGUGUGAGCAUGCGAAGCGCUCGCGACGUCUACAGCAAGCUUAUCCAGGACUUCUGCAACGACUCGGAGGAGGUGUUCAAGAAGAGCGAGGCGGAGCGACUUAAGGCCAUGUUUGUCCCGUCCAAACAAACAGAUAAGCUGUUUUUGGUCAGUCUCGAUGAAAUGGACCACUUGCUUAUGGGUGAUUCCGGUGUCCUCCAAUCUCUGUUCGAGUGGUCGUUGCACAGCAAGUCCGCCCUGAUGUUGAUCGGUAUCGCCAACGCGCUGGAUUUGACGGACCGAUCCUUGCCACAAUUGAAGGCAAAGAACCUCAAGCCUACUCUGCUGCCUUUCUUGCCUUACAAUGCGGCGUCGAUUGGAAACGUGAUCACUAGCCGCCUCCGCUCACUUCUCCCCGUCGGGGCCGAUUCAGACCCGAAAUUCGUUCCUUUCCUGCAACCGGCCGCCAUUCAGCUUUGUGCGAAGAAGGUGGCAUCGCAGACAGGAGAUCUGCGGAAGGCCUUUGAGCUGAUCAAGCGUGCGAUUGAUGCCAUCGAACAAGAAACGCAACAGAAGCUAGAGAAGCAGGUUGCCGAAUCGGCAGACUCGCCCAUACUCGCUGAGAACAAGAAUUUAUCCUCACCUUCGAAGUCAGGAGCUGCACCUCGGCCCACCACGAUGGCAAGCUACACAAUCUUAACAGCACCUCGCGCCAGCAUCGCCCACGUCGCCCGCAUCACUACAUCAGCGUUCGGACAGGGUACAAUUCAAAGGCUGAAGGGCUUGAACCUGCAACAAAAGGCUGCCAUUUGUUCUCUUAUUGCCCUGGAGCGCAAGCGCCGUGAAUUUGAGAUGCCUAGCACCCCUUCCAAGAAUCGUUCCGCGGCACCUACUGUGAAGCAAGCCUUCGACACCUACUGCACACUUUGCCGAAAUGAUAACAUCCUUCACCCCUUAACUUCCACCGAGUUCAAAGAUGUUCUGGGCAACCUGGAGACUAUGGGCCUGGUCGGUGAAUACCAAGGCCGCGGCCGAGGUGGAACGCUGGCCGGUGGUUCUGAUGUUCGACGCACACCCUCCAAGUCCGGCAACGUCAACUCGACCCCACACAAGGGGAUGGACGAGCAAGGUCUUGUUUGCUUUGUUUCCCAGUCCGAAAUCGAAGGUCAGAUUGCCGGUCCCGGCGAGGGCAUUCUGAGACGGCUUCUCCGCGGCCAGGGUCUUUGA